AACAAUAAGUUAGCCAGCAAGCAGAGCUUCUAAUCCCACAGGCCACAGAGCAUCCGCACACAUCCUAUCUCCCUCCUCGUGCUAGCCCCUUCUGUCGCCAUGGCCCAAGCUUGGGCCUUCUUCCUCCUUGCCCUCUUCUCCUUCUCCUCCUAUGUAUCCAGGAUCUUCCUCUGCAGCAGGAAUGGCGAGGGAUUAUUCCUCUGUGCACGGGCACCAGAGGUCCCCUCCAUUGUCAGCGACAAGUACCGGACCGCCUACCACUUCCAGCCGCCCAAGAACUGGAUGAAUGAUCCAAAUGGACCGAUGUACUACAAUGGCAUCUACCAUUUAUUCUUCCAGCAUAACCCCAAUGGACCCCAAUGGGGUGACAUUGUCUGGGGCCAUUCGGUUUCGACUGACCUUGUCAACUGGAUCAUACUUGAACCCGCAAUAGAACCGGAUACGCCAGGUGACAUAAAAGGUUGCUGGUCCGGCUCAGCCACAAUUCUUUCCGGUGGUCAACCGGUCAUCAUGUACACUGGUGGCGACGCAGAAAAUCAUCAGGUCCAAAACAUUGCGCUUCCUAAUAACCGGUCUGACCCGUACCUUAGAGAAUGGUCCAAGGCAGGCAAUAACCCCGUGCUCCAACCGGUUGGACCAGGAAUGAACCCGGGCGAGUUCAGGGAUCCGACGACGGGUUGGAUCGGACCGGAUGGACUAUGGAGAAUAGGAAUUGGAGCUGAGGUGAAUGGUUACAGUGCAGCACUUUUGUACAAGAGUGAAGACUUUCUGAAUUGGAGUAGAGUUGAUCACCCAUUGUAUUCAUCCAGUGCCUCCACUAUGUGGGAGUGCCUGGACUUCUUCGCGGUAUUACCGGGCAGUAACGGUGGACUGGACCUUUCCGCAGCCAUUCCGAAAGGUGCCAAACAUGUCCUCAAAGUCAGUGUGGAUCAAUGUGAUAAGUACAUGAUCGGGGUUUAUGAUCUCGAAUCUGAUACUUUUGUGCCUGAUACUGUCCUCGAUGACCGUCGGUUGCUGCCGAGGAUCGAUUACGGCAAUUACUAUGCUUCAAAAUCGUUCUUCGACUCGAAAAAUAGGAGGAGGAUCAUAUGGGGUUGGACUAACGAGUCAGAUAGUUCUUCAGAUGACGUCGCAAAAGGCUGGGCAGGUAUCUAUGCAAUUCCCAGGACAAUUUGGCUAGACCGUGAUGGCAAGCAGUUGCUGCAAUGGCCAGUUGAAGAGAUUGAGUCCCUUCGAAGAAAUGAAAUCAGCUAUCAAGGACUAGAUCUGGAGGAGGGAGAUCUUUAUGAGAUUAAGGGAGUUGACACUUUGCAGGCUGAUGUGGAGAUAGAUUUUGAGCUCACCUCCAUUGAUGAUGCCGACUCUUUUGAUCCUUCUUGGCUUUUGGACCCCGAAAAGCAUUGCCGGGAAGCGGGUGCAUCGCUUCAUGGUGGUAUAGGGCCAUUUGGACUUGUUAUUCUGGCCUCCAGCGACAUGGAGGAGCACACUGUUGUGCACUUCAGAGUCUACAAAUCACAGAAAGAGUACAUGAUACUCAUGUGCUCUGAUAUAAGAAGGUCUUCCCUAAGACAAGGACUGUACACACCAGCCUAUGGAGGCUUCUUUGAAUUUGAUCUUGAAAAGGAAAGGAAGAUAUCUCUGAGAACUCUAAUUGAUCGGUCGGCGGUGGAGAGCUUUGGCGGCGGUGGCAGGGUCUGUAUCAUAGCUAGAGUUUAUCCAGUGGCGAUUGUCGAUGACGGGAAGGCCCAAAUGUAUGCCUUCAACAAUGGAAGUACCACGGUCAGGGUGCCACAUCUCAGGGCAUGGAGCAUGAUGACAGCACAAGUGAAUUUAAAGAAGGCUUAAGUGAUGAUUAACACAGAAGUGCAAAUUCGUUUUAUUGAUUCUUUCUCUUAUUCAUGAGCACUCGUUCGUAGAAAUAAACUGAAAUUUAGCAGGCAAGCGUAAUUGAUUGUUUCCUUGAUCUCAGUUAUUCAUAUACUAUAAUUACUAUUAUCUGCACAAAAAUAAAUAAA